AUGAGCCUUGCCGUUCGGCAAGGCCAGCCCCCCUCCUGGUCUUCUCCGAGUCAGCAAGGGCCUGGGGUUGAAGCACCGAACCUUAGGAGCUGGGUCUCGGGUCUGGCGGGCUCUAGAAGAAGAGUUGGAGCCGGGGAGCUUGGCUCUUUGAUUUCCAUCGAGAACUUCGACAAGAGAGGGUCGGGGAUUGAACCUAGGUUCGGCACCAUCCACCUGGGACAAGGAUUUUUUUGUGAGCUGGUUCUGCAACAUCCAUUCGGUGAGUUGAGGAGCUGGCAAGCUAGAGCAGGUGUACCCAUUUCCUUUGGCGGGGUGGGGUUAAAGCUCUUGGGCUUGGCCUUUGGUGAGCUUAGGAAUAUGGCGCAACCCACAGCUUUUCGGAGCUGGGCCUUUAGUGAACCCAAGAAUAUUGGGCUUGGCUCAAGUCUUGCCGAAGCCAAAAGAGGAGCUGGGCGUAGAGUUGAGUUAAGGAGAGUCGGGCCUAGGAUUUGGCAAAUAGCUCGGGUUUGGGGCUGGCCUUGCCGUUCGGCAAGGUACAAGGAUUUUGAGAGGGAAGGUGUAAGGGUGCCAGGGUUUCUUGUUGAGAAGGAGAAAAAGAGAUUUCCGGCUAAAUACCUCGCGGUGGUGCUAUGGCCAAGUUUUGGUAUGAACAUGUUGAAGAUUAGGAUGAACACCUUGAACAUUGGUAUGAACCUGUUGAAUAUGUCUGAAAGUUCUGAUAAAGAAAGUCCUGACCCCCUUGCCAUUGGUGGGGAUGAUACCGAGAGUGAAGAGGCUAGUGAAUAUGUUUGUUAUGAAGAUGAGAGUUUCCAGACAGAGGGUCUGAAAAAUUACAAAGUGUUAGAGGCUAUAGCUGAUCGGGUUCUAGCCUUGCCUCAUACACCGGAGGUGGACUCGAGUAACCAAGCGUCACCAUCAGGGUCUCUGGGUUUAGCCGUUGCUUCAGCUUCAGAGGGAGUAGAUAUACGGGUUGGUAUCUCUUUGGCUAGGCGAAAUGCACUUAUUGAGGUAAAAUUGGCCGAGCUUCGUACAGGUUAUUGUGUUCCACCCUACGUGAGCUUGAGGUUACCCAGUGCUGCGGAUGUAGUGAGAUAUCCUCUGGAGGGUUCAGUUAUGAUUUUCACGGAUAUGCACCAGCAUGGCCUCAGACUACCCUUUCAUCCUUGGAUACAGAUGAUGUUGGCCAAGCUGGGGUAUGCGCCAGGGCAAUAUAAUCCCAACUUUUGGCUUCUUCUGCAUGGAGUUUAUAUUGCUUGGUGGUUGGUUGGGUUGGGGGAGCCAACAUUUGAGUAG